GGCAGGUCCGACCGUGUAACCAUGCCAUUCCCCGUUUACUAUGACCGAUCCAAGACUCAUCGACGGCCCAGUCUGCCAAAACGCUACUACCGCUACGUCGGCGCAGCACUGAUCGCCGCUGGACUUCUCUGGUUUUACCUCGUCCGGUCUGUGCUCUCUGAUGGACAAAUAUCCGUUGCGGCUGCAGAAAGAGCUGGAAGGCCACCGCCAUUAUACCUGGAUUACCACCAGAGGGAAUUGCAACUUCCCCAACAUAGUCAGGACCUGCCCCCUCCCGACGACAAGGAUAGAAAGUACUUCUAUAAUGCGAACCAUGCGCACGGUGAGUUCUCUCUCUCCUCAGCAUCUACGUGUGCCGCGCGUCGCCUCGCAAUCACCCCGUCCCCAUUCCUCUUAGUCUCUGAUACGCCGAGGAUCAUUGGCACAUGAUGGUUGGUUUUCGAGAACCCAAGUGCCCUCAGCCAAGGUCGAUUACGAUGCAACUAGCCUUAUUAAUCGCAUCCAUUAGGCAGUGGCUGGGGAAACAUCCUGCAAGAGAUGUUCAUGACGACCUACCUCGCGUACUCCGCCCAAAGAUCCUUCGUGUUCACAAAUUAUACCUGGAACAAGGACGGGUCCGCUUACUCUACCUUCGACAACGGGAGGAAAAUUCCCUCUCAGAUCCCGUUGAGCGCCCUCAUCACUGGACCGAUGGUGGGAGGGCCCAUGCCUAUCGGAUCGAACGCGCCUCGGUUCGUGAAGAAAGAAUGGUUUGACAAGGUUUGCCCCAAGGCUGAGCGUACCAUCAUCCGGACUGAGGACGUGACCAACGGACUGUCCGAUGCCUCAGGCCAAGAAACCCUUGAGGCCUGGGUGAAGAAACUCGACUCAUUGCCGGAUAGAUGCAUAGAGAUCGCUGAGGAUUCCAUACAAGUCUUCUCCAUAUGGUUGUUCGGCUCCCCGCGCAUCCUCGAUAUUUUCCCGGGUCUCUCCAAAUCUCCCAUAAUGGCCAACUUCGGGUGGUCAUCCCUGAUCACCUCUAUCUAUGCCAACAACCGCCAACUCUUUGAACCUAAUACGGAGCAGCGUGUGCUAUCCUGGUUCGGUUCUGCCUCAUCGGCAGCGAACGUUGAUCAGAAAGCGAUGAUCCCCGGCCUUCUCGUCCUUCACAUCCGGCGUGGCGACUUCGAGGGUCAUUGCCGUAACCUCGCCGUAUGGAAUUCGGGGUUCAAUGGGUUCAACUCCUUCCCUGAGUUACCGGAUCACUUUACUCCUGCCCCUUGGCAUGAGUGGUCUGAGACAAGGCCCGAACACUACGAUCUGUUCCUACCCCAUUGUUUCCCAAGCAUCGACGAAAUCGUGGAGAAAGUGCAGCACAUCCGGAAGACCUCGGCGGGCAAGGGUCUGCGGAACGUCUUCAUUAUGACCAACGGUGCUACGGAGUGGGUUGCGGAAUUGAAGCAGGCAAUGCGAUUGGCAGCGCCCUGGGAAAAGAUCGCGAGUAGCCGGGAUAUGGAGUUGACCUGGGAGCAAAAGUUUGUCGCGCAGGCCGCGGACAUGCUCAUUGGCCAGAAGGCACAGGUGUUCGUUGGGAACGGGUUCUCAAGCCUUACUUCCAAUAUUGUCAUGCUGCGAAUGGCCCAUGGUUUUGCUCCUGAGAGCACUCGGUUGUGGUAGCAUAUAUGCUUACCAAGCUCAUGACCGGCCCACACCUCUUUAGUUUAGAUCAAGUAUAUUCAUGAUGACAGACACGUUAGUACUGAGCAGUUGACGAUAAUAGUACCAUUUUCCU